CGUCAGUUCAGUUGUUUUCACGCCGCCGUCGAGAGUGGACGCGGUUUCGCCAGCUCUUCAAAAAUUUAAGUUCGCGUCGCUUUGUCCUCGGCUAAUUUCAGCACAUUUUUCGCGGGGAAAUUUGAAAAGCAUUACAUAAGCCAAGCCAAACGCGUAAGACGCCAGUGCGAUCAAAACAAAACGGGUAAUAAAUCUGCAAUCACACGGCCAUGCGUGCAUAAAGAGGAACAAUAACAAAAUCAAAAGUCAAAAAAAUAAAAAACACAACAAUAAUAAUCGCGUAGCUGGCAAAAGUACAACAAAAAAGACAAGAGCGAGUGUAAAAUAAAUAUAAAUAAAUAAGCCAGAGAGAUCCAGCACACAUUCCCAUUCCAAUUCCGACUUUGGUGCGGUAGGUAAUGACACAUUCGGCAGCCAGCACACGUAUCUAGAUGCGAGCGAGCAUAGUACGUAUCUGAAUCCGUCAGUGCAAAGCCGGGGAGCCACCAUAGCCACCAUAGCCAUCGGAGCCACCCUUGCCACCCACGUCGUUCAUUAAUAUAUGAGCUUUUGAAAGCGGCAUUAAAAAACGAUAAACAAAUUCAUCAGAAAUCGCCAUGGAACAGUCGCAGAACCUACUCGCCAAACAGUCCAAAGAUGUGGAGUUCCAAGAUGUGUACUACACCGUCAAGGAGCGCAAGAACUUCUGGCGCGUAACCGGUGAGCGUCGAAUUCUGAAUGGAGUCAGCGGCAGUUUCCGGAAUGGUCAACUUUCGGCUAUCAUGGGACCCUCGGGAGCCGGAAAAAGCAGUUUGCUCAAUGCGAUUUCGGGUUUCAGACGCGACGGAGUCACUGGGAACAUUAAGAUGAAGCGGGACAACGCCUGCUAUAUCACUCAGGACGACCACCACCAGACCCUGCUGACUGUCGAGGAGCUAAUGAAUCUCGCCUGCGAUCUCAAGUUGAAGAAUCGUCACAAAAAGGCGGAGAUCAUGACCGAUAUCCUGGAGAAUCUGCACUUGAAUCACCGGCGCAAUGUGACGGCGGAGAAGUUGAGUGGCGGUGAGCGGAAGCGAUUGUCCAUUGCCUUGGAACUGGUGGACAAUCCCAACAUCUUCUUCUUGGACGAACCAACCAGUGGGCUGGAUGAAGUGACGGCUGCCCAGUGCAUCCGUUUGCUGCAGGCGAUGGCCUACGAGGGUCGCACCAUCGUUUGCACCAUUCAUCAACCUUCGGCCACGAUAUACAACUAUUUCGAUAGCAUCUACGUCCUGGCCAAGGGUCAAUGCGUCUACCAAGGCAGUCCCAGAGCCACCAUUCCCUUCCUGCGACUGGCCCAGCUCGAUUGCCCCAGGCAUUACAGUCCUUCGGAUUACAUUAUUGAGCUGGUGGAUGCGGAGGAUGGACACCUGGUGCCAGCACUCAGCGACCUAACCGAAAAUGGCAAGCUGAUCUAUGUGGCCAGUCAGUCGGAUCAAUUGGCAACUCAGCAGGCGGUCACCACAAUGUUUCUGGAGCAACAGAAGCGCCCAUUCCUGCCCGCGUUUUUCUCCGGCAGCGCCGCAUCCACGGAUGGAACGCUAAUUGGAGGCACCAGUGCUCUGUUGGAGCAAGUGAAGGCCUUUUCGAAGCGACUCCAUACGGAUCGGCGGGAUAUAUCUGGGCUGCGUCAGUUUAUCGUCCUCAUGCGGGUAAUGCUUUUGAGGAUAACGCGGGCUCGUUUGGCCCUGACCAUCCAAUUAUUCCAUCACCUGUUGUGCGGUCUGUUCUUUGGCCUAAUAUUCUUCCAACUGGGCAACCAAGGUGCCCGGAUGUUCGAUCAUCUGAAAUUCUGCAUCGGCGCUGUCCUCAUGAUCGUGUACACCCAGGUGAUGGUGCCCAUUUUGAGCUAUCCCGCUGAGGUGAAAGUGGUCAAGAAGGAGACCUUCAAUCGUUGGUAUACCCUUACGCCGUACUACAUGGCCCUCACAGUGUCGCGACUGCCAGUUCAAGUCCUCCUCAACAUCACCUUCAUGGCAGUCACGUACUGGAUGUCCGGAUUGCCCCAACAGUUCUGGCGCUUCUGCAUUUUUGUGGCUGUGGGUUUGAUGAUCUCCUUGGUGGCCGAGGGAAUGGGCCUGGCCAUUGGAGCCACCUUCAGCAUAACGAAUGGCAGUGUGGUGGGUCCGAUGUUAAUAGCUCCUCUGAUGGGUUUGGCCGUCUACGGAUUCGACUUUGCGCCGCAGAUAUCCGGCGGAAUGCAACUGCUGAUGAAGUUCAGCUAUGUGCGUGUGGGCGUGGUUUCUUUGGUUCUAGCCGUCUUCGGAUUUCAGCGAGAGGAACUCGACUGUGAUGCGAUAUACUGUCAUUUUAGCGAUCCUCGCGUGCUGCUCAAAUUUUUGGAUGUGGAAAAGGUGUCGAUGCUGCAUCAGUUCGGACUGCUGGCCAUGCUGAUGCUGUUCUUCCGAGUGAUGAUGUACAUCAGCCUGCGAAAGCGAUGCUAUGCCUGAUUUCGAAACCAAUACUCCAGAUGAAUCUUAUCCCUAGCUUUAGGCAAUGUCAAUGCUGUGAUGUUCGAUUUUAAACAGACAGAUAGAUACUUCCUGUACAUACUUAUGCACCAUUCCCCUGAAAAAGAACAAAGGUUAACAUAAACAUAAGAUAGCUUAAGUUAGGAUAUAGUUCACAUACACAAAUGCCUUUUUAAAGCCAAAUUAUCUGCAAAGAAACUUUGAGAUUAGCCAAAUGUAUAUUGAUAACAUUUCGGAUAAAAUCUAAAUGAUACGACAAUCCCCAAGUUGUUUGUUUGCAAGGAGAAGGCGAGCACAUUUUUUACAUUUUUUGUGGUUAAAGUAAUAUCAAUUCGAAUUGUACAAGAAUAAAACCCAUGUUUUGGCAAUUCAACAUUA